UUCAGAGGGUUUUAGGGCGGAGCUUGUCAGAAGUUGUGAAGUGGAAAAAUGAGACAGCGCCAUCUAGUGAUAAGACGUUGACUUUCAAAUAAUACUUUCGGCGGCCAUUUUCGUGUAAUAUGUGAAUACGGCGGCCAUUAUCGUGUAUUACGUGAAUGAAGCCUAACCAUAAUUUCUGUAAAAAUGGUUGGCAGGUGUGCUGUUCCUGUUCCUAAAACUUCAUUAUCAAAAUGGCAAGAACUAAUUCCAUGUAGUAAUUUGACGAGCACCUCACGUAUUUGCUCCCGUCAUUUUGACGAAAGUGACUUUAAAUCAGGUAUUGAAAUUUUGAACGUGUUCCAUCCUUUCAAACGUAGGAAUCUUAAUGCUGGAGCAAUUCCCAAACAUUUUCUGAUAAAUGAUACAUCUAGUCGACAAGCAAUGCAAAAUGUUGAUGGUUUCAAAUGGAGAAAUAACCUUAAUGUGGAAGAAAAUACUAGCAAUGCAUCAGUAAGGAAACGACCAAAAGUAGACAAAAUACCAACUACGUCAAAGAGAAAAAAAUUUGACAGUACAGCACCCUCCAUGGAAGUCACCUCUACUAUUCAAGAAACAAUCGACAUUCACCAGGCUGCUGAAAAAGCCAUUUUUUAUCCUAUUCCUGAUGUAAUGAACGAAAACGUUGCUGUCGCUAUCGAAGGUUCGACAGUUGCACCUUCUAUGGAAGCAAGCUCUUCUAUUCAAGAAACAAUCGACAUUCACCAGGCUGCUGAAGAAGCCAUUUUUGAUACACUUCCUGUUGUAAUGAACGAAAACGUUGCUGUCGCUGUCGAAGGUUCGACAGUUACAUCAUCUUCUAUGGAAGCUACCUCUACUAUUCAAGAAACAAUCGACAUUCACCAGGCUGCUGAAGAAGCCAUUUUUGAUACACUUCCUGAUGUAAUGAACGAAAACGUUGUUGUCGCUGUCGAAGGUUCGACAGUUACAUCACCUUCUAUGGAAGCUACCUCUACUAUUCAAGAAACAAUCGACAUUCACCAGGCUGCUGAAGAAGCCAUUUUUGAUACACUUCCUGAUGUAAUGAACGAAAACGUUGUUGUUGCUGUCGAAAGUUCGACAGUUACAUCACCUUCUAUGGAAGCAAGCUCUUCUAUUCAAGAAACAAUCGACAUUCACCAGGCUACUGAAGAAGCCAUUUUUGAUCCACUUCCUGGUGUAAUGAACGAAAACGUUGCUGUUGUCAUUGAAGAUUCUACAGUUACAUCACCUUCUAUGGAAGCAAGCUCUAAAUUGGAUAUGGUCUUUUGA